AUGACUCCAAUAGUAAUCCUUAAAGAACUGAAGCGGAGCGUGAGAAAAGAAAAUUGCUCGAAAAUGAACAGGGAGGGUAAACGCAAGAAAGUGAGGGAAAGUGAAAGAAAGGAAACUGCAAACGAAAUGAAAAGUACUGUAGAAAGGGAGGAAAGGGAGUACCUGAAAAGAAAGAAAAUUGAAGAGAGAAAGGAAGAGAGCGAAAAUGGUCUUGGAAUUUGGCUAUGGCUAUAUAAAGAUAUGGAUUUGUUGGCUGCGAUUCAACCUACACCUGGGGUUUUGGCUGGACUGCAAGCUAUAGAGAAAAAGCUUAGGAGCCGUGAUGGAUUCGAUCGGAGGUCUUUGGGGUUGAGUGGCCACCAUAGUCUUCCAACGAAUAGAGAAUCCGAGAACCGGAGACCAAAAAAAUUGACUUCGAUUUCUUCAACAAAUAUCGUGUUUAAAAAUCUUCCCGACGAGAAUAAAUCAAAUAAGAACAAUGGACUUGAGUGUGGACCCAUCGGUUCGUCAAAGGAUGGAGGCGAGAAAAAGGGAGUAGAUGAAAUCGAUGUUGGACUUGGACCAAAACCCGACUCAUAUAAGGGGACUAGUAUCCGAAGGCCUCAAUUCUAA